GCCGAUUGAUCGAAGUCACUUGAUGGCAAACUCCACCGCAACGAAGAUAGCUUGUCCAGCUCAACUCGGUUGCACAUAUUCUCCACAGGUAAGACUUUCGUGUUUUUUGUUGUUCGGGCAGUCGAACGUAUUCGAUGCGAUGAAACACUCGAAUGUAAAUUUCAUCUCCAUGUAAACCAGACAUGUUGUGUAACUCGUCUCGCUCGCAUUUUGCAGUUGAUGAUUCCGGGUGCACACACUGCUUCGUGUUGUGAUUCUGUUCGAUCGCCUAUACACGAUGGCAUAUCAACGCAUUCCUUGUGUCCUUGUCAGCUAGAUAGAGUUCUACAACAUAGAAUUUCUACAAUGCCUGUGAAUUUGCUUCCAAGACCUACAUUCAGCGACGCUGGUUUCACAAUAGGUGCUACGGACCUGUCUGCUUUCUAUUCACCCUUGGUGAGUUGUCGGUUUUUUCAGAUUCUGUCUGAUUCUCACUCAGUUUCUACCCUGGUUAUUUUUAUCGCCUUUUCCCCUAUCUACCUCUCUUUAUUGCUUGUGUAUUCUCUAGUGUAAGUACAACUUAAGAGUUUUUCCCCUUCAUUAAGUUAAUUGGAGCUAUAAUCGAUCCACUAGGUCGCUUCUCUCGCCUCAUUUUUUUUUUGGUUUAUUUGUUGGCGAUAGGCUCGACCGUGCGAUAUCAAAGAAUGGCGAGAUUCCUGGUAUUUUCAAGCGUCUGCUCGACAUCCUCUAGAAGUACACGGAUUUGACCCUCAUUCCCAUACAGCUUGUUCAAGGCUGGGCGAAAGGUAAAUAAAUUAACGGUGUGUGUAUGUGUAUGCCGUUACUUACUUCACCACUUAAGAAAGCUAUUAAAGCGCCUCGUGUGCGUGCGACUGCAUCCAGCAAACCCGUUCAAUGUAUUCAGUUACAUUUGAAUGGUUUUAUAAUUUCUUACCUUUGAAGCGACCGGCUAGGUAAACCUCUCUCAAUUUGUGGGCAGUUGUAGCGGAAGAGCUUAACUAUAGAUAGGUUUUUUCACCAAUCAUUUCAAUAUACUGAUACAGUUGAAAAUAAUCAAUUUUAUAAGCAAACAACAUAUAGGUGGUUCCUUGUUUCCCGAACAAUAGCUGAAGCAGGUUUUAUGUUCUGUAGGUUUUCGCCAAUCGAUCUGGCUGCAGCAGGCGCGAGGAGAAAAAAUGCCACACGGGAGACGACGAGUACUCUUAAGGCUUGGCUUUAUGAACACAGAAAAAACCCUUAUCCUACGAAAGGCGAAAAGAUCAUGCUUGCUAUUAUAACAAAGAUGACAUUAACUCAAGUUUCAACUUGGUUUGCAAACGCAAGGCGAAGACUUAAGAAGGAAAAUAAGAUGACCUGGUCUCCGAGAAAUCGCUGUGGCGAGAAAAAAGACGGAAUGGACGAUGAUGAAGGAGCAAGUGACUCAGACGAAGAUCAAAGCUGCGAUGAUGACAAACUUUGUGAUAGUAAAGGCGAAAAUCAAACUGUCAUCAAAGGUAUUGUACGUUAAACAUACUGUAUUCUUAAACUGAUUUGACCAAAAAUCUUGCUUGUAACCACGAGUUAAAACUUAUCAAGGAUUAGCUCUUGGCUUAAAGGCGUGUAUUGUCAGCGUCUCAAAGAGUGAAUGUCUACACCGUCUUUAAAUAGGCGUAAGCGGAAUAUGGCUUAUUUAACAUGCUUAAAACGUGUGGAAUUGGAACAUCGGAAAUGCAAUAUACAGUGCAUGUUUUUCGAGAUAAUGUGGUGUUUGCAGGCGGUAUCAAAAAUGUUAUUUGUCAAGUGUUAUCAAGUAAAUAUAUAUUUUUUAUUAUUUUCUACAACAAAGAAAACAUUUUACCAAUAUCCAUCUUAAUGAUUUUUGUCUGGAAGGGCUGGUGGAAAAUUACUAUUAAAUUGGUAUUGCCUUCUCAAAAUCGUUUAAACUGAAAAGAACUGCCUCUUAAUUUUAUUUGCUUAACAGAACAAAGUGACAAGGAAGAAAGAAAGGAAAACAUUCAAGCGAAUGGAGAAACUCAACAACAAACCAAGAACAGUUUUAAUUUAAACACAGUGGACAGUUUACCUAGCAAAACGACGACGAACCCGGUGAUUCGCUUUCAAGCUGUACGGUCUGUACAGUGUGUAACAAGCGCUGAGCCAACCGUCGAAGAUUCACCGGUUAAAAGUCUUCGAAAAUGGGUGGAUGGGUGCUUUCACAACACGCCUAUAAACGUAGUGAAUAUCAGCCCAACUCCUUGUGAAACUCCUCCUUCGACACCUCCGCAAAAGACCUCUACAGAAAGUUCCCUUAUUAUUUCAGGUAAAUGUUAAACGCAGAUCACACUGUAAUCUCUCUUCAAUCCACAGACAAAGCCCUGGAAAAGCUACGUUCGCGUAACUUUUGCCUGUGGUACAAACCUUUCACUAGGACCACAAAUGAAAGCUCCUGAACAUUUCUUUCUUCUUAAUCUGCUAAUUUUUUUUCGAUUUUUCUCACGCUUUAAGCUUCGAACUUUAAUGUUUUUUCAGUUGCCUCUCAGCGAGUUCGUUUGUUCAAGGAUUUGGUUCUGUGUUAAGCCUUCCCUGACCUCUUUUGACUCUCGUUAAUUACAUUUCUUUCUCUUUCUUCCCUAGCGAAGAUUAACUUUCGUGCAAUUGCGAAAUAAUCAUUACAGUAACUUGUCUCUUAAUUAAAAGCCUUGCAUUGAUGUUCAAGUCUACAGAUUUUACCGGGAUUAGCAAACUGAAUUUAGUUUUUUGGUUUUCUUGAUUAAUUAUUCUAUACUAUGUACCUGUCUAUAUCGAAUUGCAAAGGGGGCUUUAGGGAUCGAGACUUCGUUACAAAGAUAUCAAUCAUUAUCACAGACGCGGUGAACUUUGAUUUGGAGACUAAGAAUGGCAAAUUUCCACUUUUGUUUUAAGUUUACACUAAAAAGGUCACCGUUUUCAAACCAAGAAAGACAUAAUUUUGCGACUGGCCCCUCGUCGCAAAUCUUGCUAGUUGGGACAGAAUUUCUUGAGUGCAGUUGUACAAUCUGUUCAACCAAACAGUACUAGGAAGAUUUUCUUUGGAUAAAAACGCCAGCAUAGCGGCAAAUUAGUAUUGUAAGCCAGGUUGGCGUGAAGUAGAAUCGGUCGCUUACAACCGAAGGUUGUUUCAUUCAAUAGAAUGGAACUGAACCAACUGUUGGUCAGGCGAGGCUUGGCGAGGCGUCUAGUAUUAAAGGGGAAUUGAAACAAAAACUGUGUUUUUCGUCGAACUUAGACCAGCAUUCACGUUUUGUGUGUAUGAAAAAAUUGUGCGAUGGUCAUAUUGAAUGAUGGUAAUAGGGUAUUGGUAUUUCAAUAAAAAUCACUUUUCCUUUGUCUGAAAUAACCGCGCUAUGUCUAUAAUGAAAAGUAUUUCUAGAUUCCGGCCUAACCCGACAAGAGCGGUUGACCAAUUUUGUUGUACACAAGCGACGUCUGCCGAUUAGAAAAUCCAACUUUUUGGACUUUCCUGCUAUUCACAAAAUUGGCGUCAAUUUACACGUUAUCUUUUGGAACAACACUAAAACGAACCUGGAAUACUGGUAACAUGUUGCCUUUCAAUUAUAGAUGAGUUAGUAAUUGCAUUUUGCCAUGAAAUACUAACAGCGUUUAACACUUCCCGCAAACAGACUUUCCACCAGUAUUCGUAUAUUUUCUCUCUCAUUUUUUAAGUGUGAAUUAGCGCGGUAUUUAUUUCAAUACCUUGGUUUCUUUUGUACUCCGAGUUGAAGAGUAAUUUGUAUCGACUUCAAGUGUUUUGAAAAACACAGGUAAAAUUAAAGACCAUCAAAGAUGCACAGACAGGGAGUUUAAAGAGAACAAAAAUCGCUAAAAGCUACGGGCCGAAAAGAAGUAUAGAUUCACAUAGCUUCAACUGAUCCAAGAUGUCGGGUUGUGGUAACAUUUUCCUUUCAAAGUCUUGUUGAAAAUGCGUACCCUAGGUAACAAGGCGACGCUCCUUGGAGCUAUUGGUUUUUAAUAGGCUUCCAUGCCGGAAUUUAAGCUUUUCUUUCAUGUUUAUAAGGUUAACCCUCUGUUUUGACGUUUCCUCUUUAAUUGUAGGUUCUGUCCUUCGAAAUUCAACGCCUUCUCUCCUUAAAACAGAGAAGAAAGAAAGCACGAUACCAUCGCAAGGAUGUUCUAGGUCGCCUGUAGAAAAUAUAACAGAGAAUUGUAAACGAGAGGAAACAGCGCGAGUUUACAGUCCAGUUUCAACAAGGUGAGAUUUUAAUGACAUCCUCUUCGUGUAUGUUAACUAUUUCCUGAAAGACAUCAAGUAGGAAACAUACGGUAUGUUAAACUGUCUGCAACAAGCGGUUUUAGGCGGUGUUGCUACUGAAACACAGGUUUAUAACCACUGUGAAAAACAAAACAUUCUCCCUUGAGUUAAAGUCAUUCAGAGAUGGAGAGACUUGCACGAAGUCCUUACAGAACACAACCGAAAUUAGUGAGUUUGACCAGUUGCUUGGGGGCGAUUUUCAGUUCAGACAGUAGUAGUUCUUAUCGCGACACAAAAAGGGCCUUUUAUUUUUCCUCUGGUUUGUAUUUGUCGAGCCGAAUGUGUUUUUCAUAUAUAUUGAUAUUAUUGUUGUAUGCUUCUCUCCACAGCAGAAGUGUAGAGGGAACGAACUACCGAGAAAUCGACGCAGCCUUAGCUUUAACGACCCUAUCAGCUCGAUAGAAAGGAACAAGCGAAGGAACUUCGCUACUCGAAUUACUGUAAAGACUUAACUUGUAUAUAAACAGAGUGUACGACGUUUUUUAAACCGAAACAAGUGAGGAUUCUAAAACAAAUUCUGGUGUCAAAACACAAAAAUUUUAUGUGGAUUUUGUUUUGGUGUGCUGAGCGUGUUGUGUGUGGCGAAUUCUACAGUAUGAAAUACUGUGUUUAACUAUUCUAGUAAUAUUUUGAGCCAUUGAUUUGUUUGCGACGACAUUGGCCUGCUAAAAGCAGUCUAAUGCAAAACUAGGUCUCGAAAUUGUUCGUCUAGGUUUAACACUAAGUGUUACGAGAGGUUCGUUCUAUUUGCAGAUUUUUUUAAUACAAAGGCGUUGUAAUUUAAUUCUGUUCCAAGGGGAAAAAUUCUCUAAGUACUUACAAACCCUGGAUUACGAAGUGUAAUAUAGAUGAUUUAAUUUUAAAUUCUGUAGAUAAAAGAGAAUAUUUGUAGGCGAAAAAGAAAUGGUAAUUUUGAAAUAAAAACUCGCUUGAAAGAAACAAACCCUCAGUGGUCAUUGUGCUGUACAAUAUGUCGC